CACGCGCUUGAAACGCGGGAAAAAUAACAGGAAGUGGUGGUGUGACGUUUUCUCUAGGUUCUACGAAGAUGACUACUUCGUCUGUAUCAAAGGGCUGCUUUGUCUUCAAGCCAGAUCUUAAGAAAAGAAAACGAACUGUAGAUAUAGAGGAGUAUUUUGUUGAUGCCGAUGAUGACUGCUCAUAUGGAAGAGAAAGGUUUAGCAUUUGUCGGAGUCUUUGGGAGAAGAUUAAAACAGACACAGAGAUAUUGCAGGAUGAGCUAAAUAAGAAAAUACUGGAUAGCCUCUUAGAAUUCAUCAAAAAGUGUACCUCAAGCUUCCAGUGUAGAAGUGAUGAGUGGUCAUGUCUCAUGAGGGCCAGUGAGAUCCCUACAGCUGCCUUGGUGCUUGGUGUGAAUGUGCCAGACCAUGACAUGACAUUUCAGAGCCUCUCUGACCUCUUGCAGGAGUCUGUAACCCCUUUUGCUGUCUCUGUACAAGCCAAAGAGUGUUCAGCUCUGAAGAACCUUAUGCAAAAACUACUUGAAAGGCUGAUGGGGGUGAGGGUGACGGAGGAGGAAUAUGAGGAAGACCCUAGUCUUAGUGGCGUCCCUUUGCAACAGAAGAGGGUAUCCUGCUCAAUCGGUGCGCUUUGUCAGUGGUACAAGGCAGUCACAAAUAAACAUAAACAUGCUAUGAAGUCUCCGGGCAAGUACUGCAGUUUAGAGAAUGAUGUCUUACAGUGUCCACCAAUUGUGGUGAUCUUCAAAGAUUUUGAGGCUUUCAAUCCACAUGUGCUACAGGAUUUUAUCUUUAUAUGCAGUCGGUACAUCCAGGAGCUUCCUCUGCUACUCGUCUUUGGCAUCGCCACAUCUCCCUGCACCAUCCAGCAUAUGCUGCCCCAUUCUGUGUCCUCUCUGCUGUGCAUUGAGCUCUUUCAGUCUUUGUCCUGCACCCAGCAUCUGGCUACUGUUAUUGACAAGCUGAUUCUGACUGCUGAGUUUCCCUUCAAGCUCAGUGGUAAGGUUCUCCAGGUGCUGGUGAACAUCUUCUUGUAUCACGACUUCUCUGUGCGCAACUUUGUCAAGGGUCUGCAGUUAGCCCUGCUGGAGCACUUCCAUUCUCAGCCUCUCAGUGUGCUCUGCUGUAAGAAAAAGCACGCCCUGCUCAAUGCUCAGAAGUUAAGCCACCAGCAUCUGGAGAUGCUCCGUCAGCUGCCCUCCUUCAUGAGAUAUGUGGAGGCUCAAGAACCACAGGAACAGGUACAGCUUCUUACCAGUGACAAGUAUGUUAAGGAGGUGUGUCAGAAGUUGCUGAAAGACAUUAGGAAAUACCAUAAGAACUACUAUUGCAUUCUCCGCUGUUUGAGCUCUCUGACAUCAUCUCUACCAAAGUACCCUCUGGGAAAGCAUAUACGGGAGCUGCAUAUGUCCUGCUUGGAGAGGAAUAUAUGGGAGACAAAUGAGUAUGAGUCUGCAAUUCAGCUUUUGAGGUUGCUUGCAAAAGAUGAGCUUGUUGCAACACUGAAAAAGUGUGCUGACAUUCUGAAGCCAUGCAAGACAAAGAAAAUGAACAGUGUAUUGCAGCAGCUGGAAGACUACAUUGUCAAAUUGGAGCAUCUCGACAGUAUGCAUGUAGAGGAUGUCUCUGAAGGGAUCACUCCACUUGGAAAAGAUCUACAAAAGAAAACCGAUCUCUUCCACCUUCAAAAAACACUCUUGGAGAUGAAAGGGUCUAGAAGAACGAAGAAAAUGACUCCAUUUGAAAUGCUGAAAAAUGAGGCACUGGAUUUUAUUGACUGCUUUGUGAGGAGCCACUUAUCUCCACCAGAGCUGCAACCGCUGCAUGAGGUGUGCUACUACAGUUCUUCUGGGUUCCUACGCCAACACCUUAAUGCCACUCCACGUACCUCCAUCCAGACAGCACUCAGCCAGCCCUUCUAUUACUUGCAGAAUGAAAACCUGAAAACAGAUGCUGGCACAGUCUCCAGCUCUGCUCCAGAUAUCUGCAUUGUCUACAAGCUCCAUCUGGAGUGUGGGAGGCUCAUAAACUUGUAUGAUUGGCUUGAGGCAUAUGCAACAGUGGUGUCAGGUGCUGAGGGCAAGGAUCCUGACUCUGAAGAAUAUGGCAAGGUUGAUGAACUCAAGCAUGCUCGUUUCAUUAAAGCAGUGUCUGAGCUGGAGUUCCUGGGUUUUGUGAAAUCAACAAAGCAGAAAACUGACCAUGUGGCAAGACUGACUUGGGGAGGCUGCUAAUUGAGGCUUACUGAUUGUUGAUGGUUGAUUGGCUGUUUGGG